AUGGGAUGUUAAUAAUCUAGAAAUACUGUUCCAACAGAGUAUCUAGAAUAAGAUGAUUAGGAUAUAUAAAAUUUUAAUGAUGAACAAAAAAUAAGGAAUUUAUUUCAGAAUAUAGAUAAUAACUAAGAUAGGUAGCCUUUUAAGCAAGGUGUUUGUAAUUAACAAGUGCCUUAAGCAAAAGGAUGUAGAUAUAAUGAGGCUCCAACAAAAGGAUUGAGUACUUCAAAUUUAAGCAAAAAAUUUAAUGAAAGUAGAACUUUAGAUCUCAUAAACAAUGAAUUAUUUUCUAACAGAGUUAGCUAAUCUGCACGAGAUUCAAAAAGGUUUUCAGUUUACAAUAAAUAAAACAACUCUAUUUUAAAAGAAUUUAGAUAAAAAAAAUAAUUUUAAAAAAGUAACCAAUAAAAUAAACAAAGUAUAAGUUAAAAUUAAUGGCAAAUAAUUUAGAUGUACAAUUAAUAAAAUUAAAAAACUAGUGUUGAUUUAUCUUAAAUAUCUUUUUCUUCAGCUCUCUCUUCUUAACUUUAAGUUAGAUUUUAGUCAACAUUAAGAGAUCUAAAUAAAAUUCAAAACAAAGAAUAAGAAAAUGAAUUUUAGCCAUAGUCUUAAAAUACUAUUUUUUCUUAUAAAUAUCAUUAAAAAAAUUAAGAUAAAGAGAAUAUUGAAGCUAAAAGCUAAAAAAAACAAUAAAUGAUUGAAUCUGCAAGAUAAAUUAUGUCAAUUAGAUCAGGAAAAUCAAUUUAGGUAUGCGAAGAAGAGUAUGACUGCAUCAAGUAUAUGAUUUUUGAAAAAAUGGUUCCUUAGAUGGUUAAGAAAGGAUCUCCUUUUACUCAAUUUUAAAAUGAAAUAACACAUAUUUUAGAAAAAUGGGGGUAAUUUGUACAUUAAGCUAUUAUUUAAUAAACUGGUGAGAUUAGAAAUUUUGUAUCAAUUCGAAACACAAAUGAUUAUAUAAGAAUAACUCAUGAGUUAUCUUGCUGGAAACAAUUCUCUGUACUAGAAUAAUUUGUUUUAGAUGUUCUUAAUUAACCUGUAAACUUUUAAUAUUUAGAUGUAAUUAAAAAUAAUGCUUAAAAAAUCAAAGCUCUAAGUUGCUUUGUUUGGAUUGAGCUUUCUUACUAAAAGGAUAUAAAUAAACUGGAUAUUUAAGUAGGCGUAUCAGAAAAAUAGCCAUAUGAUAAGCGUAUACUUCAAAGCCUCAUAAUUAAUAAAAAUGAAAGAAGCAACAUAAUGGAUUGGUAUAAUAUCGCUUAGCCAAUAGCUAAUGAAUAUGGCUUUAUUAUAAAUAGUUAACACAUUGAUGAAAUUUAUGACUUUUAUAUAUUUGAAAAUGAUGAAAAAACUAAUUUGAAGUGCUCUUUGCAGGCAUUCUAUAAUUAUGGAGCCUAAUUCUCUAAAAGUAUAACUGAUGUUUUAGACUAAAUUCCUGGAAAUGACUUUCAUGUUAUGUUUCAUUUGAAUAGGUUUGGUUUAUUAAAUUUAAAGCUUUCUCUAUAAAGUCUAAAUUUGGAUGAAGAAUCAAUAAUUUUUGAUGACAUCUUGAGCAAUUUAGACAGUUAGAAAUAAUAGGAAAGCCUAAAAAGUUUAUGGGAGUGGUAUAAUUAAUAUAUAUUUAAUGAAGAAAAUGUUUACACACUUCACUAUUUAGAGUUAAAUCCAGAUGGUCUAUAUUUAUAUAAAACAAGAGAAAUUUCAAUUGAUGAGGAUUCAUAAAUUUGA